AUGUCAAUAUAUGCCUGGAGAAAAGGCGACCUGAACGAGGCGGAAGAUAUGGCAAUUAAAGCGUUGAAAAUGAGAGAACCACUCUUUGGCAAGGAGAGCUCCGAAACACUCAAUAGCAUCAAUUUACUGGGUCUGGUUCUGGACGGCCAAGGGAAGUAUGACGAGGCAUUUAACAUGUAUCGACAGGCAGUAGCGGGUUUUAAGAAGCUGCUAGGGACUGACCACCACUCUUCACUCGUGAGUCUGAACAACUUGGGCUUAGUGCUGAGGAACCGGGGGGAAUAUGAAGAGGCAGAGACAAUGCUUAGGAAAGCGUUAGCAGGGUCUGGGAAGGUAUUAGGCCUUGACCACCCCACCACACCUAUGUGUAUUGGGAACCUAGUGACAGUACUUACACUCCGAGGCAAACAUAUGGAGGGAGAAAUAUUGUAUCGGGAAGCAUUGUCAGGUUUUGCAAACGCCUUCGGAGAUGACCAUCCCAGUACUCUGACCAGUGUCCAUAUGCUGGCCAUGGUAGUGAAGCUCCAGGGACGGUUCGAGGAGGCUGAGAUGUUGUAUCGAAGAGCCCUAGCAGGAUAUGAGAAGAUGACUGGGAUCGACCAUCUCGACAUGCUAAUGACUACUAGCGAACUAGGCUCGGUGCUCGGUUAUCAGGGAAAGUGUCAGGAGUCGGAAUUGAUGAACCGAGAGGUGCUAGCAAGCUAUGAACAGAGGUUGAGGGCCAAUCAUCCGUUGAAGUUGGUAGCUAAUAACAACGUAGCCUCCACGCUCCUGUGGCAAGGGAAGUACAGGGAAGCUGAAGGACUCCUUCAGUAG